AGCUAUGGCGUGCUCAAAACAAACUGUGGGAUUUGCGAAAAGAAAAAAAAACAAACAAAGAGGUGGUAGUUGCGAUGUCAGUAUAAGCCACUCGACUCAACGCAAUUCCACCUUUCCGAUCGAGCCAGUACAAACAAACCAUGGCAACAACGAGCUCCGUCCGGUUAAUCGCCGGUUUAACGGCUUCAAUCGGCUCGAUCGAAUCGCGUGACGCCAACCCAGCCCAAUCCAUUUCCCUAAUCUGUCGAAACAAAAUCAACGGUGGUGCUUCGCCUAUCGUACUGCGCUCCUCUCGAAAGUCCAGGCUAUGGUUAAUAGACGCGGUUCCUCCGUCGAACUCCUGGCUCGGAUCUGACGAUGGCGGAGACGUCAAGAAACCAGACGCGCGAAAUUACGCGGUCGGCGGUCACGCGGUCGCCGGAAAACAUGAGAAUAAGACGACGGAGAUAGUUAUAGCAGCGGCGACGACGGCGGCGCUGGGAGUAGGGAACCGCGUAUUGUAUAAGCUGGCUCUGAUUCCUCUCAAACAAUAUCCCUUCUUCCUCGCGCAGCUCUCCACCUUCGGGUAUGUAGCUGUAUACUUUACGGUCUUGUACUUCAGAUACCGAGCUGGAAUUGUUACAAAAGAGAUGCUAUCAGUUCCAAAAACUCCAUUUUUGAUUGUUGGCGUCUUGGAGUCUCUUGCUCUAGCUGCUGGGAUGGCCGCCGCUUCGAAUCUCUCUGGACCAUCUACUACAGUUUUAUCUCAGACAUUUCUUGUCUGGCAAAUUCUCUUCUCUAUUAUUUUUCUCGGGAGGAGAUAUAGAAUAAAUCAAAUAUUGGGAUGUACUCUUGUAGCAUUUGGUGUAAUCAUCAGUGUGGCAAGUGGAUCUGGUGCCGCUCAUUCAUUUAAAGAUACGGGAAUACUUUGGAGUCUUCUUAUGGUGUUUUCUUUUCUACUUCAAGGAGCAGAUACAGUAAUGAAGGAAGUCAUCUUUCUAGAUAGCAAAAAGCGAUUGAAGGGUACUUCACUUGAUCUGUUUGUUGUAAACUCAUAUGGUUCAGUUUUCCAAGUUAUAUGCAUUGCGUUGCUUCUUCCUUUUCUUUCAAAACUUUGGGGCAUACCGUUUAACCAACUACCGAGCUAUAUCAGAGACGGGGGUGCUUGCUUUCUGAACAUUGGUUCUAGAAUAACAGGAUGCGAAGGGGCUCCCCUUCUUCCUGUAAUGUUUGUCAUGAUGAACAUGGCUUACAACAUCUCCCUUCUACGCCUCAUCAAGAUCUCAUCUGCAGUUGUUUCGUCUCUGGCAUCCACCGUUUCAGUGCCCAUAGCGGUUUUCUGUUUCACGCUUCCCCUACCGUACCUUGGGGUGGCAUCUACGCUUCCAAGGGGGUUUGUUGCAGGCACAGUCGUCCUUGUACUCGGCAUGCUUCUAUAUGCUUGGACACCAUCUACUAACACUUCCCAUCCGAUUAUCCCCUCGCCCCCUUCCACCUAGCGGCAGGACAAUUGAUUUUGUAACUUUGUUUGGUUUCUUUUCUCUUCUCAUUGUAGCAUUAGCCCCCUUAAUUGUCCAUUCUCUCUUCUCGUUGUAGCAUUUGCCAUUUUCUUUUUGUCAAUUAAGAAAUAAGUAAAGCUCAUUUGAUAUUGAAAUACAAAUGAAUAGCUCAUUCGAUAUUUGAUACACAUUCUUUACAAAACAAUGGUUAGAUUUCAAUACC